AUGCUCGUUGCGGUCUUGUUUCCUGGCCCUGCCCUGAACAAUCGCGCUGUCAAGCUUGCCCGCAUCCAACAAAUUCUUCGAUUUCAGAGAGUUGAUAUGCCGGCAGUGGACGACUGGCCCGAGAACUCGAGAGCACGCACAGAAAACCUCGUCGCUCGAUUCGUUCAUGAUCCCCGCACGACCCUGGCGAAGCAGAGUCCCCUCCCCGCGUUGGACGCUAAUUCUGGACACUGCAACGCUGAGACUCAGGUCCACGUUCCCAUCCACCUCCGCAUCCAUGCCUCACCGGCUCACCCACCGCCAUAG